AUUGCUCUUAAGGUUGGCUGCUGGAGGAUGAAUGAAGACGUGAUGAUCGAAUGUCUGAAGAAGAGCGACCCUGUCAAACUCACCAUGGCGGGGAAAAUCGACGUGUUGCUGAUACUGGGAAAAGGUACGGUUAUGGAUCUCAUUGAGUUUUCUCCGGUGAUCGACGGGGACUUUAUCCCAGAUGAGCCCAGUAAACUGUUUCAUAACGCCGCUAAAUUCGACUUCAUGGCCGGGGUCAACAGCAUGGACGGACACAUCUUUGCUGGUGUCGACGUUCCUUCCAUCAACAAGAAAACUGCCAACACAACUGUUAAGAGUGUGCAGGGUCUUCUGGCCGGUCUCACUAGAGAGAAGGGGGGCGCUGCCGUGGAAUCGGCCUUCAGCGUUUACUCGUCUAACUGGGGGUCCCAUCCGGACCCGGCGGUGAUUAAGAAGACGGUCGCCGACAUCGAGACAGACUUCCUGUUCCUGGUUCCCACUCAGAUCGCCCUCCAGCUCCACGCCAACAACGCCAGUGGCGCCCGGACCUUCUCCUACCUGUUCUCCAUGAAGACUCGCAUCCCGGGGUUCCCCAGCUGGGUGCAGGCAGAGCACGCCGAGGACCUACAGUACCUGUUCGGGAAACCCUUCUCCAUGCCGCUGAUCUACUUCCCCCGGCACCGCGACCUGUCCAAGUACAUGAUCGCCUACUGGACCAACUUUGCCAGGACCGGGGAUCCCAGCAAAGGGGAGAGCAGAGUCCCGGCUGUCUGGCCCGCCUUCACCGAGAACCACCGAGUCUACCUGGACAUCAACCACAAGAUCAGCAAGUCCUCCGUCAG